CCUUUCUUACCCCAGCAUAAUGCUUAUAGCUUGAACGCCUUAGAACUCUAGUUAGCCCUCUUCCGUCUAACCAUGGAAACCCCUUCAGAGACACGCGAACUCCCUCAUUUCAGGGCUCAUAUCGCGAAUGCCAUCGCUGCUCAGGAACACUCAUAUAAGCACAAGCACGCAAUUCUCUUCUUCUACGAGGAGAAUGGUACGGAUGAUGAAAACGAGGCCGGGGCUCUCAGUAGCUGUCUGCAAGAGUUUUUUGGUGUCACUGUCACCAUCCUCGAGAUAGUAAGAGACGACAGGAUACCCGCUGAGACGUUGCAGAAUACCAUCAACCAGACUGUCGACACGAUUGGCCCCUGCGGUGACAAAUAUGAACGGUCGUUGAUCAUGAUCGCAUAUAUUGGAGAAGCUGUGGUGGAUGAUGGGCACGUAUUGUUUGCAACGUCCACCUUUCAACAGGCAAUAUUCUGGGAUACUAUUCGAGAGGCUCUUUUCACUGACAUCGAGAAAUUGAACCACAUCGACGCCCUGGGACUUAUCGAUUGUUGCAACGUCCCUGAGACCACGGUAAAAACUUCACGAAAGUGUCAGGUCCUCGCAUGCCCGCGUUCAGGUUCAGGAGCUUUAAAGCUCACACGGCGGCUUACAGAUGCUGCACGUCAUCUACAACAACAAAGCUCAGCGUGGACGACCGUUGACUCUUUGUUCGAGGAAAUGCAGCGUCAAGACUCGAAGCCCUGCAACUAUGCUCCGGAAAUGGCCCUGUAUCAGAUUAGUGGUGACAAGCCUAUAUCUCUGCGGUUUAAACAACUACUGGUGACGAAAGAGCUUCGGGAAGAACUUGAUGGCGUGCGAGGAGACAAUAUUGAGGAUGUUUUUAGAAUUACUAUGCCCGAUGAGGAUUCGACGCACAUGGAGCGACUGAAAGAAUAGGCAGCGGCUGCGCCUGCGGGUGUUACCGUCAGUAUCGUCGACAAGGACGGAAACAAGGUAUUUUAGGGCUGAAUGUUGUUUAUCGCUAUUGGUUAUGUCUGUUUGCACGAGCGUGGUCUUGAAUGGUCCCCGAGGAUUUACUUGGAGUGACCAGGUCGACCAAUUACUGACAGGGGUGCUGUUCUAUACUCGUGCUUGAUAGUUGCAUGUACUUAUUAGCUCGGACUAAUCCCACUAAUUCUCUUCUAUGCGACCGGUUUGAAUAGCGUGCAGCAUGGGUGGGGGGAAUUCGCCAGAUUUCCGACUCACACGUGCAAAAACAAUUGAAGCAAGAAAUCACGAGUCCUUUCUGGCAUGCGAUUUAUAACUUUGCGAAAGGGGGG